UUAUCAGCAAACGGCUCAGCCAUUCAGAAGAGCGCUCAUUGAUGACGGCAAAUGCGAAGAUAGUGAUUCAAUGGGGACCCGAGACUUGAGGAGACUCGAGAGAUCAGCCAGCUUCAGAAGAAUUCAAUCAAAGUUGUGCCCUCAGCUGAGCCGGGUGUGACCGAGCGUUUGUUGACACGGUUGUUUUCUGACUGAGACGUUGUAUUAAAAAUCUCAACGGUACCUCAACGACAACGGUUAGUGAUUUAUGACCUUUUGAUUUACAACAGCAAGUGUUCCGUUAAGUGUAAAGUUUUUAAACUUCCAUCAAAGUUAGUGUUUGUGAAAACGGUAAACUAAGAAGUUGAAGAAGUGAAUAGUGCUCCAAGAUGAGUUAUCUACAUUCAACGGUUUUGGCAGCUGCGGCUGCCCUUUUGUGCCUGGGUAUGGUACGAGGGCAUACCUACAAAACCGGGGAGUGCCCGUCGGUGGAACCGAUGGCCGGAUUCAGUAUGCAACAGUUCCUGGGCGUAUGGUACGUGAUUCAGAAAACCGGAACCGCCUCCAGCUGUGUCAUCUACAACAUCACCAAGGCCGAGGAACCCAAUGAGUACGACAUCGAGCAGGUUUCGCAACGAGCUCCCCUCUCGAUUACGCCCAUCAAGCACGAAUUCAGCUACACCGGCAAGCUCACCGUCACAGAUAGAGACGUUCCGGCCCGCAUGACCGUUCGAUUCCCGCUGAGUGUGGCUGGAUCGGCCAAAUUCGUUGUCUUCAUGAGCGAUUACAGCACCUUCGCCGGGGUGUUCUCCUGUCAGAAGAUUCCAUUUGGGCAUCGGCAGAGUGCCACCAUUCUGUCCCGGACCCGCGAUUUGGACAAGAUUUACGUGGACAAGAUCCGCAACCGUCUGGCCAGCUUCUCGGUUGAUCCGUUCGACCUGAGCAUCAUCAAUCAGACCGGCUGCCCGAAGGAAGGUGAAGCCGGCUACAAUAUCCACAUCGACACCAACACCUUCUCGGCCAAGAACAUUGCUAGCGUAUUCCGGAAGGCCGGAGAAAAGAUCGGCGAUGGGUUCGAGGCUGCGGUCAACGCCGGCAAAAAGAUCUACAACCAGUACUCGGAGUCCGGAAGCACCAGCAGCGAAGGUCCCACAACAGCCGGCAGAACCGAACGUUUGACCGCGGGCCAACCACACCCGGAUGCGGAAUGGUUGCCGUGAACUUGACGCGAAAUUGGAUGAGAUCAAAUGGCGGAACCUCUACCCUGGUACCUACCGGAAAACCGUGCGCCGUCAGAAAAAUACAAGGAAUUGAAAUCGAAUCUGGAAGGUUGGAAGGAUGUACCAAAAUGGAUGUGAUACGAUGCGAUGGUUGCUAUUAAUUAAGAGCUAAAGGUCUGGUGCUAGGGAAGGUUACACGUCGUCGUCUGGCAAGGGAGAAAAAAAGAUUACUCAAAUUAAAACGUUAUCCUUUUUUAUCAAGUGGUUUAUCGUAAGCAAAUUUUAAGCGAAUCUAAGAGAAGAAAAUAAAACUCAUUUCAAUAUCA